AAAUAAGACGCCGUAGCGCCGGUAUACCUGUAUCUAGCCUGUAUCUACUACGCAACUUCCGCUAACUCGCUGCUGAGCAAAAUGGACGCCUUUGUGUCUGUUUUCCUCGUAUUCACACUAUAAAUACUGUUUUCCCCGCGAUGCACUACCUUUGACAUGGCGAUGUUUACGCGGUGCCGUGAGAAACGUGAGUGAAAAUCGUGCCGUGCCACGAAGUUAAGUGCAUUCCCUGGUGAUCGACGAGAAAACGUAUCCAACCAAAUAGGCCACAACCACGGAUGACAAUUGAGCGAAUAUCUUUCUCGACGAAAACUUUUGCGAGCAUAUUCGGACGGAAAGGCCCGUUGUUUUCCCUAGACAUGUAAAUAUCGAUGAUUUAUGCGCGUUGAACGGCACGGGCUUCAUGGAUAAUGAUACACCUCCCGCCAAAAUUCCAUUCACUGCUCGCAUUCUGCAAUAUAAAUAAUCGUUCUGCAUAGUUCGAAUUACAUUCAGUUGGGAGAUCUCCAGUACGUAGCAUCGUUCCUGAGGCCAUGUUAUCAUAUGUAUGAUGUUGGAUGGUAGUUGUUUGUCGACUGAAGGUAAUAAUAACAACUUUAUGUGAUCCUAGUGAUAGUAAUAUGGAAUUGAAAAUGGAUUCUAUCAAUGCUGUAAUGCCAGAACAAGUCAAAUUCAAGAUGAACGGGGUUAUACCGAGUGUGCCAAUCACAACUCUCGCUGGUAUCGCGAGUCUCACCGACUUGUUACCUGAAAUGCCCCUUCCAACACCGCUGCCGCAGACUUUGACUAACAAGUCGCUUCUGUUUCAUCCACGAGUAGCAGAGGAAGCACAAAUAUUGCUGAGUGUUCGCAAUGAGAACUUAGUGCCCCAGUUAAUAUUAUCAUUAUCGCAAACGUCAUCCGAUCACAUUGAACUAAAAGACAAUUACGCAAAUACUGAACAGCCUUUAGAAACUGAGCAAAAUACUCCGGAAUUGCUUAAGGCGAUUUUACAAAUAAAUCCGCACGUGUUUAAGGGCCCCCAAUAUAAUUCGCCACGAAACUGGACCCAAGGUACGAUGCACAGCAACCAAACAUCCGCCAACUAUGGACGGUUCUCGCCAUCUUACUCGAGUUCUUCGGGAUCGAGACAAACGCCGCAAGGUAGUCCAGCUCAUCCUGCCGCUGCCAGAACCGUACUCCCUCCGCCAGCCGGUAUAAAUCCUCUGCCCAACAUGACUCCACAGCCAAAUAUGUAUUCUCCAGCACACAUGAGUUCCCCUGGGACGCCGUUGACGUCUCUGGGUAACGUAACGCCUCAACACCACAAUAUGGCUGGUAUGACGCCUCAACACAAUAUGCAUAUAGCAUCUCCUAUGCGCGCUAACAUGCCUUUGCAACAGCACCAGCCCGUUAAUAUUCAGCAAAACAUGUUCGAUCCUCUGAUGAAUCAACAAGUACAUCAUCCAUUAGGGACUCCUCAACCGAUGGACAUAAGUAGUACGGUGCAGGAGAGCCAACAGUUUCUGCUCGAUCCGGUAACAGGUCUUCCCGACAUUGAUAUACCAAUCGAAAACAUCGAGGCGAAACAAAAUAUGGACAAUACGACGCAGCAUCUAAUGUCAACGACACAGACUACGUCUUAUCCGACCAUGGACUCCAGCGAUAUAGUCAAUACUUUAAACGCCAAUCCAACACCGACGAUACAACAUCAGCAGAACAAUAAUUCAGAGAAAGCGGUGAAGCUACCCGGUCCGGUACCGGAGAAAUUAAAGGAACCGGUUGUCAUGUUAGAUAGACUAUCUCUAGCAGAUCAAGCUCUGAUGCAGAAGAGUUUAGCCGCGUUCGCCGAAAAAUCUCCGAGUCGGGCCGCGAAGAUGGGGAUUUCCAAUCGAGAGGAGGUGAAGUCCGAAUCGGAGAGCGAGGAGGAGAUCGGUAAGAACAACAAAUAUUUCAAAGCACGGGCGAAAGAACGUCAAGUCCAGAGGGAAAAGGAGAAAGCUGAAAGGAAAAAGGCCGAAGAUAAGACGCGUAGGCGAAGGAGGGUACUAGACGACGACGAAGAGGAGGAUAAGAAAGAGCUGCUGCUUACACCUUCGAAACCAAAAAUCAGAAAAAUAGAGAAGAAACUCGUCCCCGUGUUAGCUAAACUCAGCGUCGAAGAGCUGAUGGAAACCAACACCUAUCAACGUUUCAAUUCAACUAUCGAAACGAUAUUUGAAAACACAGAAGACUUUAUAACCAGCCCGGAAUUGGAAGACGACGGUGAUGUGCCUCCAGAAUUGUUAAUUCCUAAGUAUCAGUUACACGAUUUAUGUACCGAAGCGGCGAAGCUGAAAGCUCUAGGUGCGAUGGAAUCCAUUCCCGCGGAUCGGUUGGUUAGACUGUUGAACAUAUUGGAGAAAAAUAUUCGGGACGGGGCGAAAGUGUCACCGCUCGCUGACCCGGACGACGACGUCGAGGAGAGUCGGCUAUGGAUGCAGUUAGCUAUGGAAAGGGUACAACGCGCGGUAGACGCGUCUCUGAUCGCGUUGCACAUCAUGACCUCUAGCAACAUGCCGAAGAUGGUUUACCUAGAGGACGUGAUCGACAGAAUAGUUCUUUUUAUGAAAUUUCAAUUGCAGAACACUAUUUAUCCCUCUUUCGAUCCUGUUUACAAGAUAGAUGCUAAAAAAAAGACUGACAGUUAUAAUUCUAGUGGUCGUAAGAAACGGGGUCACAUGAAGGAAGUCCGCGAGAAAAGUAUCCUUCAGGUUUAUAACAAGAUGCACGAGUUGGUCGGACUUCUCGCCGAGUUACUGAACAUACAGGUUUUAACGGACACGAGUGUCCUGCACGCGUCUACGCUGGGCGUUGCACCUUUUUUCGUUGAGUCUGUUAGCGACCUUCAGUUGAGCGCUUUGAAAUUGGUUACAGUUAUAUUCACGAAGUACGAGAAACACAGGAGAUUAUUAUUAGACGACAUUUUGGCAUCCAUAGCACGACUUCCGAGCAGCAAAAGAAGCUUGAGAACGUACAGGUUAAAUUCCGAAGAUCAUAUACAGAUGUUAACAGCCUUGGUGUUGCAGCUGAUCCAGUGCGUGGUGGUAUUGUCAGACAAUAUACUCCCCCAGCCAAAGAAGCCGCAGGAGGAGGAGGAGAAGAAAGAGGAGAAAAAGGCGAGUCACGUUGACGCGGACGUAUUGAUCAUAAAUAAGUACGAGACGGCUACGAGGAUAGCUGGCAAUUUUUUAACCGUGUUCCUGAACAAGUGCGGCAGUAAAGGGGAGGAGAUCGAUUACAGGCCGUUGUUCGAAAAUUUUGUCCAAGAUCUGCUGGCCACCGUUAACAAGCCAGAAUGGCCAGCGGCCGAGUUGCUGUUGAGUCUGCUGGGGAAUUUGCUGGUGGGUCAUUUUUCCAACAAGAGCUCCGACAUGGCCCUCAGGGUGGCGUCCAUCGAUUACCUCGGCGUUGUCGCGGCCAGAUUAAGAAAGGACGCGGUCAGCUCCCAAUGCAAAUUAUCCACGAUCGAUCAGAUCAUAAAGGACAUCAAGAUCGAGCAGCAGAAAGAUUCCGACUACGAUCAGGUGAAGGAUAAGGAGAUACCGGGCUUGAGCGAGGACGAGGAAAGGACGGUUUUUUUACAGAAAGUACUUUUGGAUUAUCUGGCUGUAAAUGGCACGAAGGAUUCGGCUCUGGGCUACGCUCGUCAUUUUUAUUUGGCCCAGUGGUACAGGGACUGUGCGGUGGAGAAGUCGAGGGUGGGUCAGACGAAGAACAGCCCGGGCAAAAAGAUCCACAAGAAGAGGGUGAAAAAGAAAAACAAGCAUCACUCGAGCGAUCAAGAAUCCGAGUCGGAGAUAGACGAGCCGGACCCGGACGAGAACGAAAAUAACGAGCAGAAGUACUCGGAAGCCUACAGAAUAAUAGAGGAGAAAAAGAAGUACAUUAUAAGUAGAAUAAGGCCGUACAGCACUGGUACGAAGCCGGAUAUUCUUCAGACUUACAUCGACUACAAUUCGGCGGAGCUUAUAUCGCAAUAUCUAGCCUCUAAGAGGCCAUUCUCGCAAAGUUUCGACAGGUAUCUCAAGCAGAUCCUUCAUGUCCUGACGGAGUCGUCGAUCGCGAUCAGGACAAAAGCCAUGAAGUGCUUGACGAUGAUCGUUGAAGCUGAUCCAAGCGUGCUGGCGCGAGUAGACAUGCAGUUGGGGGUGAAACAUUCGUUUUUAGAUCACGCGACGUCUGUGCGCGAAGCAGCCGUCGAUUUGGUAGGGAAAUUCGUACUAAGUAGGCCCGAAUUAAUAGAUAAAUACUAUGAUAUGUUAUCGGCCAGGAUUCUAGAUACUGGCGUGAGCGUGCGGAAACGCGUGAUCAAAAUUUUAAAGGAUAUCUGUAUGGAGUGCCCGGACUUCCCUAAGAUCCCAGAGAUCUGCGUGAAGAUGAUCAGACGGGUGAACGACGAGGAAGGUAUUAGGAAAUUAGUUAUGGAGGUGUUUCAGAACAUGUGGUUCACACCGGUUAGAGAACGUCCCACUCUCGAUUCUGAGUCGUUGUUGAGAAAGGUGAUGAACAUCACGGAUGUAGUGGCAGCUAGUAAAGACAUGGGUCUUGAAUGGUUUGAACAGCUGCUGGUUAGUUUGUUCAAGCCUAAAGAGGAUAAAGAAGAUAGUACAAAGAUGCUAAUGGAACCGCCGAAGGCGUUGUUGACAGCGUGCAAACAAAUCGUGGAUUGUUUGAUCGAGAACGUACUUCGAUUGGAAGAGACCAACCUGGAAGAGUCCGAGAAGUCGGAGAAGAAGGGAUCUUCUCAACGACUGGUCGCUUGCUUGACAACCUUGUAUCUAUUCGCGAAGAUACGACCGCAAUUGCUAGUCAAUCACGCGAUCACGUUACAGCCUUACCUAAGUUUAAAGUGUCAGACGCAGGGAGAUUACCAGAUCAUCAGCAGCGUGGCGCACACCCUCGAGCUGGUCGUACCACUGAUGGAGCAUCCGAGCGAAACUUUUUUAGCGCAGCUCGAGGAAGAUUCGGUGAAGCUGAUAUUGCAGCACGACAGAUCGGUGGUGGCCAGCUGUCUCUCGUGUUUAGGAUCCAUAGUUAACAACGUGACCAGAAAUUUUAAGUUAAUUCGAGACUGCUUUAAGAAAUAUUACGGUCACUUGACCGAGUACAAAUCGUUUUACGAAAAAGACCCUACAAAUCCUAUGCUUUUAAAGUACAGACCGUUCGUCAGGAGGGCGUUGUUUACCGUCGGCUUGCUGCUGCGACAUUUCAACUUCACCGACCCGGAGGUGAUCGAGGGACUGGCGGACAACAUCAAGGACCAAGUGUUCGAGACCCUGAACUACUUCGUGCAUCUGGACAACGACGACAUCCGACACUUCACGCUGUCCGCCAUCGGCUCCCUGUGCAUACGCCACUACGAGUUCAUGCUGCUACCAGAGCUCAAAGAGCUGUACCACCAUCUGCUCACUUCGGAGAACGCUUUGGUCCACAUGAGGAUUCAGGUGCUGAACAAUGUCGAGGUGUAUCUGCAGGAGGAGGACAAAAGGAUGAUCAAGCAGGACAUGGAGUGGGCGAAAAUGUCGAAGCAGGAGAACCUCAAAGAGAUGGGGGACGUCUCUUCAGGAAUGGCGAGCACCGUCAUCCAGUUGUACGUGAAGGAGAUCCUCGAGUCCUUCCUCCACGCGAACAUAAGCGUUCGACACGCCGCCCUGAAGGUCAUACAGCUGAUCCUGGCGCAAGGUUUGGUUCACCCGGUUCAAAUAGUCCCUUACUUGAUCUGCAUGAGCACGGACUGCGAGAAGGCGGUCAGUCACAGCGCCGACAAGCAGUUACAGGACAUCGAGAAGAAGUACCCCGGCUUCAUUCACAUGAAGUCCCAGCUAGGCAUCAAGCUGAGCUACCGGCUGCAAAAAAUUCUGCAGAACGACAUGACGGUGAGGGGUAUGCGGGUGAAGGAGGGCGAGUUCCCAGGCGCGCUGAACGGUUUCCUGUACACGAUCCUGAGGAACACGAAGCAGCAGAGGAGGGCUAUUGUUCUCUCGUUCUUGAAGCAGUUCGACGAGACCGCGAAAACGAGCUUAUCCCAGAUGCUGUACUUGGCGGACAAUCUCGCUUACUUUACAUAUCAAGUUCAAGACGAGCCACUGUUCAUCAUUCACCACAUCGACAUCAUCAUCUCGAUGUCCGGCAUGAACCUGUUACAGUCGUUCAAGGACGCGUUGUUACCCAGGGAAGGUCAUUCGACGUCCUCCCAGCAGCAUCAACACCAGCAUCAUCAUCCGCAACAUCAGCAACAGCACCAGCAACAUCAGCAGCACCAGCCACAAUAUCACAGUCAACCGACGUUAGGGCCGGACGGUCAGCCCCGGCCCGAACAAUUGUUAUCUGUUUUAGAGGACGAAGAAGACGACGAAGAGGACGAGGACACGUUGCUGACGAGGUUACCGAACGACACCACGUUGCUGAGGGAGUACAUCACCGCCAGCCAAGGGUUCCUCUUGCUGCUGAACCUCAGGCAACACCUGAAGGACCUCUACGGCUUCUCUGACCAGAAAAUCGGCCAGUACUCGCCCACGGAGUCCGCGAAGGUGUACGAAAAGGCGGUGAAUCGCAAGAGCAACCUGCUGUUCAAACCAAAGGCUACCCUGCAGAGACUGAAGGAGGGCGUGAGCAACGCGGAGCUGGACGCGGACGGUAGGAAGAAGCUGGUGAAGGAGUACUUGGACUUCAAGCAGCUGAUGCUGAAGUUCGACCUGGAGGACGGUGACGAGGACGGAAACGAGGCGGACACGAGUGGCAAGCACCAACAACCGGUGGAGAAGGUGGCGCACGUCGAGAUGGACAGCAAAAUGACGGAGCCCAACGUAACGAGUAACUCGGUUCCGAAUCAAUACCCGACGAACAUGAACUCGACGAUCGAGCAUCCAAACAACUCGGUAAACUUGAUACCCGCCACCGGUGCUGUGCCCGCCAUGGCACUGCACACGGGCGCCCCGCAAAUGGCGACACCCCGUGUUCCUAAGUUGACGAUACACGCGCACUCGGACAGUGCGAAGGAGCACCGCAAGCACCGCGCGCACAAAACGGAGAAGGUGAAAAAACACAAGAAGAAGAAGAGGAGAAGAAUCUCCGACAGCAGCGACAGCGACGAGGACUACAGUGACCCUGAUUUUCUAGUGUGAGUGCGGUGGUGUGUCCGCAUCCUGUGUACAUAUACAUACAGACAUACGCUGUGCGGGAGGGUGAGGUGUGCAUGCGUGUCGUCGGCGAGCCUAGGCGUAACUCGUUUCCUUUGCGAGGGAUGUGGAUGAGGGAGAGACAGUGCCGGACGCUACGAAAACGCGACGGACCUCGUCGAGGGCCGCAGGCGAACGCGAACGAAACUUAAUGUACAGAGGACGGUGGUGCUCCUUAGGUAUGCGUGUCUGCGAGUCGACUCGAUGAAAGGGGUACUGAGAAAGAGAGAGAGUGGCGAGGGAAAGAGAGAAUUAUAAUUAUCGAUCGCCCCGCGGUGAUUUUAGGUUUAUCUUGUUGGUUAGGACACGCGGUGGAUGCGCGUCUAAAGAUUUCUCGGUCCUUGCGUGGAACUUGGUUCGAUCGUGAUUACGAUCUUUGCUUUCGCUGUUCUGUUCUCUUAUUUUUCUUUAUUACCGCGCUCCCAUGAAGGAGCGUCGAGACGCCUCGAACCAGGUUCCCUUGAGAGCACGAAUUUUCGCGGGUAACUGUUUGUUGUAAAUACUAUCGAACAAUAACGGAGCAACGUCGAAACGUUUAGUUUUCUUUUCGAGAGUGCGGUGUGUGAAACGAGCGGACGGAUGAACUGUUCGACGCGUUUACUAUGUAUUGUACGUUUUCGUUUCGAGGAUCGAACUCUUGAGCUCGGGAAAACGACGAGAGGUAACCGAAAUAGAAAGCGGGGAAAGAUAGAGAGGGGUUAAGAGAGGACGGAUCCGUUAGACUUGCUCCACAGCAUGUAUAAAUAAGAAAAAGUGUGUAGUAAAGGAAGUAAAGAAACAAACAAAAAAAAAAGAAAAAGAAGAAAACACAUUUGCCUAUGCAUUAUGAUGAAACGUUGUUUGUAAUAUCUGUACAUACAAAUUUCAAGUAAAGUAUCUUAUUUUCUUACAAACUAUAUAGCGGUGACAUUAUCGAAGAAUACUUAAGAUUUUGUUGUAAUAUUAAGUAUUUAUUCAGAAUUCAUGUUGUCCCAAUAUAGUUUGCUUUAUGCACUCGUCUUUGGUGUAUUGGAAAAAAACUAUCGUUUUUAUACAAGCUUAGGAGUAAAACGAACACAGCAACAACAAAAAAAAAAGCGAAAAAUAUGAAUUGUAGUAAUACUCUCGAAACGAGAGGGGAUGAAAGAAGAUAGGUCAGAGCGAAUCUUUUGAUUAACCUUUCGUUUCCUCCGUGAUUAGGAUACCAUAGCGGAGUCGAUCGUUCAGGAAUUUAUAUGGCGUACUCGAGAAUGCUAGUUCAAAUUUUAUACAGCUAGAAGUUAUAGCAGUUUUAUGAAAUUAAGGUUCUUGUGAAAGUUAUUCAAAUUUUUAUACUUGCAAAUUUACAAUUUUGUUAAUUUUUUGGUAUUCCAGUUUUCUAAUUUUCCAAUUGUCAGAAUACUGAACUCCAAAAUUUAGAGGGUGGAUGGAAAGCUAGGUUUAUUUCAGAAAUGUGUUAUAAACUUCCAGAAUUGGCUGUGUAAAGUUUCAAGGGUACGCUAUUCUUAUUAGACUUAGAUAGAAAAUUUGUAUAUGCAAUUUAAGUUUUUUAAGGGUAAAAUUGAAGGCAAAAUCCAAGUCCUCAAAUUUGCAAGUCCUAUAGUUCCUAAAUCUCUAAAUUUUCAAUUUCCUCGAGUCAGAUUUUUAAUUUAUUAAAAUCACCAAAAAAGCCUACGUUGCAUCAAAAUAAAACUUGAGCAGCUGCGAUCGCAUUGUAAAAUCGAUGAAGACAGGUGCAGUUUCCACCAUGCAGUAAUUUUAUAAAUUUAUAAAAGACCAGUUGCCUGCAAUAUUUGCAAAACGAUCGAUUCCCCGUUUUAACCGUGUUAAAUCGGAAAUUUCCAAAAUUGCGAGAGUAAUCGUCACGGAGGAAACAAAAUGGUUUGGGCAGUGCCCAAGACCGGAAGUGCGACACGUGGUUUCGAGUGGAUCAGAAUUCUUUCGUCCUGCGAGAACGUUACCUAAAACGAUCACAUAUUUCCGGUUACUACGCGAUUUUGCAUUUACACAUGUUUCUGUUCGAAAGUGAAGAGAACGAUGAUGGAUUAACGUUGCCACGCAAGCAAUGUCUAUUAGGUGAUACGCUUCUUUCGUUUUAAUCUCGAUUUAAAAGUAGCACUUUAUUGGGGCUCAGAUGUACAUUCAUCUUCUAUAUCUCAUCAAUAAAUCUGGCAGAAAAAAGAUUAAUUGGAAUUCAUUCGAUUAGUGUUUAAGUGUGAAUGUAACUGCGAUCGCAAGGAAUGGGCGCGAAAUUCUCAGGAAUUUUUCUUUGCCUUUUUUUUAUUUAAUUUGUGAAUAUACUGGGUAAAGUAUGGGACUAUUUAUGACGUAACUUAGGUAUAGUUUUAUCUUUUCAAAGAUAAUGCAAUCUCUAUAGGAUUGCUAAUAUUUAUUUCUGUUAAUCGCAAACAGGUUAGCUUUAUUGAUAAUUUUUUUUAAGUCCCAUACUUGAAACCGGUUCCUUUCGUCGACUCGUGCUCAUUUCUUGCGUGCAAAACACCGCGAACCCUCCUCACCCAUCGUGAAAAGUCUUGGAAAAUCCUUCGAAUCUCCCUGAAACCGCGGAAGGAAAGAACUCGCGAUCCAGAAUCUCGAAUUUCAUUUCAUUUCUUUACCGUCCCCGAACUGUGCAAUGCUAGUAGAAAUUAUAAGGUCCGCCGCUCGAAUUUACGAGGAUCCUUUGUAGCAACCCUACCGAGCGAAUACGCACCCUUUCCACGAGUCGAACGCGGACUAUGGAUCCUGGAAAUCCCAGUUAAAAAAAGAGAAUCCAGAUUGGACCACCUGUUGCGCCUGCAAGGGCGUAAAAGAGUGAGACACCGUAUCGAGGGUUGUUUAAACUGUUAACGGGGGUUGAAAGAGGAAUCUAGGGUCGAAGGAGAUGCAACUGUACAAAAUGUUCGCGUGUACAUAAUUUAUUAUAAAAGCAGAUAUACAAAAAUUGGGGAGGUGGAAGGAAUUGUUUGAAAGUGUGUGACUGCGAGAAAUAGGGUGCGAGAUUAAAUGUUUAAAAUAAAGAGAGUGAAGGAACCGUUUCACCACUUUUAUUGUUCGUUGUAAUAAACUUUCUAGGAAACUCGCGUUGACGUAACUAGAGAGUGAAUCUUCGAAAACAUAGACUGGCUACGUAGUUUAAGGAAAGUGAUUUUCACGUUUUUAAAUAUUUAAAUACGCAAACUCCGACUUUCGAAUUUUCAAGCUUCCAACUUUCUAUAUUUCAAAUCUUCAAAAUCUCCGAAAACCCCGAGCUUCAUCUCGCCUAACGAAGCUUUCACCGUUAGGGUUUCAGACUCGCUAGUUACGUGAACGUAAAAUGGAAAAAAUGGAAAAAAAGGAGGUGUAACAUUGUAAAAUUCUAAACGGUUAUAUUUCUUAUGUUGCGUGUAUACAUAUAUGGCGCGUGUAUAUGUAUACAUAGCUCGAGAAGAAAAUGGGGGAAACGCGUGAUCUUAAUAGGCGUUUAUAUUAACGAUUAAAGAAAUUCGGUAAAGCGUGUUCGUGACAAAUGUGAAUGCAAAACAGGCGGAUAAAAAAAGAGGACACUUGUCGAUCCUCGAUCGAUCGUACUCAGCACAGUACGAGGCACAUUUGUAUUAUAAUAUUAUAUAUAAAUAUAAAUAUAUAUAUAUACAUAGAUAUAUAUAUUGUAUCACCUAUGUUUUUGUAUUUGCUAAUCUAACGAGACAAAGAACAGAAAAAAGGCUACAAAAAAGGAUAUCGAAUUAACGAACAGAAGGUUCAUAGAAAGUAUAUAUUAUAUAUUUGAGUAAAUCGUUCGAGAAUUGGUGUUAUCCACGAUUUAAAAAAUGGUCUCAGGGGAGGGGGGAACAAAAUCGUCUCUGUAACUUUCGUCCUUGGUUUCCGUUGUUCCUCGCCAUCUUCCUGUUAAUUUUCUUUUGGUUUCCGAGUAGAGACACGCUCAGGUAACACGAGGGUGGGAAUCAAUGUGGUCCAUUUUGUCAGAGCCGCGAUUCGUCCUGGAUAAUGCCAACGCUCGCUUUUUUUACUCAUAACUUAUUAUGUACAUCGUCGGAAGAAAAAAAAACCGGUUCGUAAAGAAAAAAUAAACAUAAGUAUGUAUCAA